AAACUAGCGAUUUUCAUGCAAAAACAUUUACUCUCUGACCAUUACUCCAUAAAAACUCCCGCCAGAGUACCAAUCAGAAUUUGCCUUCCCCUUCAAUCCGAACAAACGUCAAACAUUAUCGGACACCUCGGCCGCCGAAAACCAUGGUGGGUUCUUCUUCCGACAAGCAUAUAGUGAUGCUUCCGAUGAUCGCUCACGGCCAUCUCAUCCCAUUUCUCGCACUUGCAAGAGAAAUCCACCGACAGAAAGGCUUCACCAUCACCAUGGCAAAUUUUUUCAGCCGCAGAUUUCAAAAUCUUUGCAGUCAUUCGGGUGUUUGUGCAACACUGUUGAAGAGAUUGAGCCUAUUGCACUUGAAUGGCUGAGAAAAUACAUGAAAAUCCCUGUUUGGCCAAUUGGUCCUCUGCUUCCUUCGGCUCUGUUAAACAAGUCAUCUUCUUCGGCUGGGUAUUUUUACCAACACCGAGCGGGCAAACAACCAGGGAUCUCUGUAGAAAAAUGUAUCAAGUGGCUUGAUUUGCAGAAACCUGAUUCGGUUCUUUACAUAUCGUUUGGAUCACAAAACACAAUCAGUCAAGCACAGAUGAAAGCGUUAGCUUCUGGUUUGGAAGAAAGCGGUGUUCUGUUCAUCUGGGUCAUAAGACCUCCGCUGGGCUUCGACCUGAGAGGCGAAUUUAAACCAGAAUGGCUACCGGAGGGAUUCGAAGAGAGGACAAGGGAGAAAAAACAGGGUUUGUUGGUGAAAAACUGGGCGCCCCAGUUGGAUAUUUUGUCACACAAAUCAACCGGAGCAUUUGUGAGUCAUUGCGGGUGGAAUUCAGUAACGGAAAGCUUGAGCCAGGGAGUGCCGAUCAUAGGGUGGCCCAUGGCAGCAGAGCAGGCAUACAAUUCGAAGAUGUUGGUGGAGGAAAUGGCGGUGAGUGUGGAGCUGACGAGAGGGCUGCAGAGUGAAAUCAGAGGGGAGGAGGUGAAGGAGGUAAUAGAAACGGUGAUGGGGGAGAAGGGGAAAGGAGCGGAGAUGAGGAAGAAGGCGACGGAGGUUGCAGAGCGGAUAAAGGCGGCGAUGAAUGAGGAAGGAGAUGAAAAAGGGUCAUCAAUCAAAGCCCUGGAUGAUUUUAUUUCGGCUGUUUAUGUUGAAGCAAAGCGAAAGGAAAUUUGCAGCUAGGUCCCAAUGUUCAUUGUUUUGAGUGAAUAGGACCCAAUGCCAUUGAAAUAAGCAUUUGUCAUUGAAGAGUGAAGAACGAGAUUAUUGCAGAAUCAUCAUCAUUAUCUAGAAAUUCAGAUUAUGUUUUAUUUUAAAACUCAAUUCAAACCAGAGAUGCUGUCUCGGUUCAUCCUACAAAUGAGAAUUCUUUUAUUGGUGUUUUUAUUUUUUUGGGUACAUAAAAAUUUGGUGUGAUU